AUGAACGCUAUCCGCUCUCUCCCCCUCAUCAACCGCCCGUCGCGCACGUCGACGCCGGCUGCCGCCGCUACUGCGACCGGUGCGGCGACCGUUCAGCCGCUGGGUCCUCCUCCGGUUCCGCGCCCUGGCCACCCCUUGGCCCAGGUCAUGGCAGCGCCUACCCCGACGCCGGCCCGCUCCCAGUCCGUCCCAGGACGCAAGGGCCCGAGCCCGCCGCCAAGCCGUGCUCAGACUCCGCGUUCUGCUGCCACUCCUCUGCCGGCCAGUGGCGCCGAGACCCCUCAGGGUGGCCACAUGGACGCGAUCGGUCUCCGUCUCAACGACACCGUUAACAAGGCUUGCCUCGGCGUCGACGGCAAGAACAAGAAGGGAUUCCGCAAGGGCGCCGGCUGGACUGUCGGCGAGAGCAUUGCCAACGUACUCCCGCCUGCCCCCGCCGAUGCCUACCUUGUUCGUGCCAUUCUUCGCACGACCGUGCGCUCGCUCUCGAUCUACGUCUCGCGUCUCGACUCGCUGCUGCUUCCGGCUCUCUCGGACCCGCUCUUUGCGUCGCCGAUCAACCUCACGCAGCCGGCCAAUGUGUCGUCGCCCCUCAACCCUACGCAGGCGUUUGCCGUCUCGGUCGCACACUGCGCUUGGGAGACGUGCGAGUGCCUCGAGCAAAUGCUCGAGACUGGCAAGUACCCUCGCUUUGUCGAGGACACCCUCCGCCCGACCAUGGACAAGUUUGACCUCGUUGUCGGCAAGGUCGUUCGCCCUAUCCUCCUGGCCGUCAAGGUCGAACUCGAGGCGAGCAUCAGCAAGACCCACGGCGUGGCCCCCAAGGCUCCCGCUGGCCCUGCCACGGUUCCCGCGUCUGCCACUCCCGUGGUCCGCGUCACCAAGGAGCACUCUGGCAGCGGCCACCCCCGCCAGAUUGCUGUUCCCAGCUGCCUCCAGCAGUUUGCCAGCCGCGUCGACGGCUCGCGCAAGGUUUUCGAGGCCGUCGCCGGCCCAUGCUCGCACGACGGCGAGGGAUGGGUGGCCAAGGUGAUGGUCGCGGUCGUGUGGCGCGGCAUGCGCGUCAUCACCGAGAACGACCACAUCACCCUCCUCAACCGCACUCCCAGCCCGGGCAGCGUUCAGCGUGCCCUCUCGGGUCUCAGCAAGGACGCUACGCCCACCGCAGCUCAUACCUCGCCCUCCCUCGGCAAGAUGGCCUCGCUUGGCAUCCUUCCUUCCCGAAGCGCCUCGCGCCCUCCCUCGCCGCCGCGUGGCACCAACUGCGACCCGUCGACCCACGCCCUCAUGUCGUUUGAGGGCCUCGUCAAGCGCCUCGUCGGCGGCCUUGUGCAGCCUCCCACCGCCGCCCCCGCGGCUGUGGACAGUGCCGACCAGCAGGCCGAGCUGAUCGCCCGUGAGGCCAUGGCGGAGGCCAUGGAGGCUCUCGAGUCUGCCAUUAUCGCGUCAAUGGCCGUCCACGGCGACAACGCGUCUGCACGCAUCCUCGCCUCUGUCCGCCGCCUCCGUGACGACAUUGAUGACCCGGCCGAGGACAAGCUCGACGACGCCCUGGAGGACCUUCCCUCGGUCUCCCUCUUUGGCACCAUCCUGCGUCGCGCCAACGCCGCCCUCGCCCACGUCCCGGCAACCAGCGAGAAGGACUCGGACCCUCUCCGCAUUCGGGAGCCGUGCGAGAUCUGGGGCUGGACCGUGGCCGAGUACGAGCGCCAGGUGGUCUCGGGCUUUGGCCCCGCUGAGGAAUGGGGACCCCGUGUCGCCCGCGCCCUCAAGCCCGAGAUCGAGACCAUGCUCUCGCGCCUCGCCACCGUCGUCGCGUACCAGGGCGACAAGUCGCACAAGGAGACCGUCGAGGCCUCGGAGUGGGUUCGCGCCCUCGGUGUCGCCCUCGACGCUCGCGCUGGGGUCAAGGUCGCCAACGCGACUUAG